UUUGGGAAAUUCCCCAGAGGGAUGGGCUUGGAUCCACGAACCCAUGUACUCGUGACAUUGCGAAGACGUGAUCUCUUUUUCUUUUUUUCUUUUUUGUUAAAUGAUGGGUGUGCGUGCGUUUUAUUUGAGGGUCUCUCAGCAGCAUCACGACCAUCAAUAAUUAGACUACGUAGCCUUCAGCACAACAUGAUAUAUAAGACCUGACACGCCACCUACACACCAGUUGCUGAUUGGCGUUACGCAGGUAUCCAGCCAUUACCCCAAAGCCUGGACCCCAUUUAUCCUCGCCAGAUCUCACUGCAGGAACUAUUUCCCACUCCACUCCGCACCAGAGCGCGCACAGCUGACGCUUUUGCAAAAUUACCUGAGCGACAGAAAUCCGGUGCUGCUAAGAAAAUGAGGAGAGGUUUGCUUCUGGUAUCUGUGUUCCUCAUCAUGAAACUUGACUGCAGCCAAUCCAGAUGCGAGGAACCCGGAUCGCCUCGAUCAACUUCAGAUAACACGGGCUUGGCAAACAUCAAGCGGAACAUUCUGAAACGGUAUAGCGAUUUGGAUUAUGACAGCUUUGUGGGUCUGAUGGGCAAAAGAAAUGCCGAUGCAAACAUUAUACAGUCGCCUCAAAAAAGAGAAAUGCAUGAUAUUUUUGUUGGUCUGAUGGGAAGAAGAAACUCAGAGUCGGAUAACGGUCCCUGGAGGAGAGAGUCUCCAGAGAGGAGAGGCAUUUUUCUUAACAAGUGCAAGCUGAGAUUUCUUCAGGGGCUGUAAAUAUUCAGACUCAAACAACUGUCAUGAAGAAAGAGAACUCAAAGAAAGAAUGAAAUGUUUGUGGAAACGG